CGCAGUUUGUCCUGAUUUUCCAGCUUGUGCUUUUUACUUGCUCUUUGGAACUACUAGAGCCUCUAGUGACUCUAGUCUAAUUAGUAGAUCCUAAACCCGAGAUGGCAGCCUUUUGAACAUUUGAGAAGCCUUUGUUGCAUGACUCUUUGCUUCGAGAAGAUGUGUUCAAAUGAAAGUGGUGGUACAGUCAAGCCAGUUGAUCUGGAACUUGUACAGCUUCCGCCAUGUAGAUUCUGGCCGAUCCAGACUUACCCAGAACCAGGAGCAGUCUGCAUGUCGGAAGACUUGCAACUGCCACCAGGGCUUGAGGUACCUGAAGACCGGCGGCCUCAGCGACCUCCGCUUCUUCAGCGGACAGGUGAAGAGCAAGAAGCCUUGCCACACAGCGAGCACUUUUGCAGAUCUGCAGAUGCUGAGUUCUGGACGGAUGAAUUUGGACUCCAUCCGAAUAGCUCCCUUUGGUCGAAGUCGAGGAUAAUGAUGAUCAGGAACAUACCAGCAAGAUGUACUGAGCAAGAGAUGGUUGACCUGAUCAGCACCAUUGCCUCAAACUUUACUCUGGAGAUGCCCAGGACUUCCAAUCGCAAGUGCAAAGGCUAUGCAUUCCUGAGGGUCCAUGAGGAUGAUUUGAUGCAGCAGCUUGCGGCCUUCUUUUGGCAGCGGCAGCUCCCCACGCGGAACAGCAUGCGGCCCUUGAAGAUCCACCCAGCUGAGAACGUCAGAUAGUGUGAUUUGGCAGGGAACUCGCAGGGACCCAAGGUAAUAUCCUGGACCACCUGCAAGCAACCUGCGUCAAAUUUGGGCUGUCGAUUCUUUCUUUUUCAAUAGCUCUUCCGACAAUUGAGGUAGCACUUCGCUGCUGGUAUAAGGUAAGAAAAACCUGUCCUCAAUGUGUCGUCACGGUCAGGCGCUCACACCAUGGUCAUGGCACUAGUCACUAGUGCACUCUCAGUACUGGGAGAUAUGAUUGGCGUUGACCGCGACAGUAUUAUAGUAUGCAUUAUAAUAUGUAUUCUGCUGUGUGGGCCUAAGAGGGACCAUUUAUUGGUGAGCUGUAAGAAGAGUGCACGGCUCGGUGUUCC